CGCAGUCAAGCAGAACGGCUCUCGUCUCGUCUUGUCUUGUCUUGUCUUGUCUUUGCACAACACGCAAUUGUGCUCUCGUCUGUGGACAGUGCGCCGAGCCACAUUGGCAACACACAGCAUAUUUUCCGACUGCCGAAUACUUGCUGGUCCUGUGGCCGUGCGGGAAACGGUCGUUUAAGAGCUGCUGCACCUACCUGUUGCUUGGCUGCCGCGCAAUUCGCAAUCGCUGAAUAACCAAAACCGCCAAGGCUUCCCACGAUCCCUUUUCUCGUCCGGGCGAGCCGCUUUGCUUCUUCUACAGCAGCUGCCAGCCUCUGCUAUCACUCAAUCGCCGCAUCGUCUGCGCUGCCGCCAACAUGAGGCCUCUUCUCGGGCUUCUCGCCCUGGGCAUGUCCCUCUGGACCGCCCAGGCGCUGGAGGUUCCAAUGAACGAAAAAGAAGGCUCUCGCCAGUACUGCACCGGAAUGUACAGUCGCAAGUCUUGGGGUGGUCCGGUCGAUCCCUUCAUCCUCGUCAAGUUUCUCAACAACACUGCCCCUCAGGGGGACGAUCCCGUCGCCAGCAUGGUCAUAUUCGAGUGGAGAGACGGCAAUUUGGUGGGAAUCCCGGAUCCAGAUCUCCAAGCCCAGCGACUUGCGCUCUGCGACGACGGUGCCAUCAAGAACGGAUACUGCAACUCAACCGAUAAGGGGCAAUUUGUUCUGGCAAAGAAUGCGACCGACUUAUCCAACCAGAUGAUCUUGACCAAGGCUGUCCACCUAAACAACCCGGUUCCCAUCAACUACCCCAUCAAGAAGACCGGAUACUACUGUGUCCUCACUGAAGGAUUCAACAUUGAUAAGUACAGUGCCGUGGUCGAAUUCCGGAACGCCUAUGGAGAGCUGCCAGCAACCCAGAUCCCGAAGCUCCCUUUUUACGGCGGAAUGUCUAUUUUAUACGCCUUGGUAGCUGUCUUUUGGGGCUUCCUUUACUUCCAACACCGACAUGACAUUCUUGCUGUGCAAAAUUACAUCACGGCCAUUCUCAUCUUCUUGACAAUUGAAAUGAUUCUGACAUGGGGAUUCUAUGAUUUCCAGAAUCAUAAUGGUACUGCUGGUGUGGGCAGCAAAGUCUAUCUCAUCGUCAUUGCAGUCCUUAAUGCCGCUCGAAAUUCAUUUUCAUUCUUCCUGCUUCUUAUUGUCUGCAUGGGAUACGGUGUUGUCAAGCCUACUCUUGGGCGUACCAUGAUCUACAUCAGAUGGCUUGCUGCUGCGCAUUUCAUUUUCGGCAUUGUCUACGCAGUCACGAGCUUGCUGGUAUCACCAGAAAGUGCUGGGCCUUUCGUUCUCCUCAUUGUCCUCCCACUGGCUGGCACUUUGACGGCUUUCUACGUUUGGACACUUAACGCGUUGAACUUGACCCUCAAAGACCUGCGGGAGAGAAAGCAGCAUGUCAAGGAAACAAUGUACAAGAAGCUGUGGUGGGCUAUUCUCAUUAGCGUCUUGGUCAUUUUUGGCUUUUUCUUCUUCAACAGCUUCACCUUUGCGUCGGCUAGCGACCCCGAUUUCGUUCCCUUCCACUGGAAGACCAGAUGGUUCAUCUUGGACGGCUGGCUUAACAUUGUGUAUUUCGCUGACGUUGCCUGGGUGGCAUACGUCUGGCGACCAACCGUCAACAACCGUCGCUUCGCCAUGAGUGACGAGAUUGCUCAAGACGACGACGGAAACUUUGAAAUUGGAGACAUUGGCAUGCCUGACGACUCGGACGAUGACGAAGAAGCGCAAAUCGGCAAGCCUACUCAUACUGGACAAGACAGCGGCGUGACAGGUGCCGGGCUCGCACAGGCUAGCAGCAGCAGAGCUGUACCAGGGGCUCAGUCACAAUCAACAGCCCGUGCUGUCCCUCGAGAGUCCAUUGACGGAGAGACGAUAUUUGCAGUUGGCGACGAAGACGGCGACAAGGCAUCGGACAGCGAGGGCCAUAGCGAUGAUGACGAGGAUGCUAAGCUUGUACACAAGAAACUAUGAUGAGGAGACCUGUUGAAUUCUUUUACUUUAUUUUUGGAAACGCGCUGGGGUGUAGAAUGGAACAGGAACACAACUGGCUUCUAAGGAGUUAUGAAUAGGGUUUUCUACCAAUAUUGCUUUCUUGUUUUUCGGUGUAGAAUAGAGAAAAUUGAUCAAUUAUGACUAUCAUACGGGAUGGAUCAGUGGUGAACUGGGCCGAUAUUUGAAGACAUUGAUGACGGG